GGUUGGGCAGGAAGGUCUGUAAUGAUUAGAGAAAAAAAGGCCUUGCAAAGCAAAGAAAGAGAGAACUUCUUCAAUGGAGUUUUAACCUGAAAUCUGAAAGACUCUUCUUUUGGUUCAGGAAACGGUGGAGAGUUGAGUAAGGAAUUGAGCUCGCUUCCACCUCUUCCCAUUUGGGUUUAGGUUUUCUUCAUCUCUUUGCCUACUCAAAAACACAAACCAGGUCUACAAUUUGAAACCUACGCUUCAGGAACUCAAUUUUGACGAAUUUUUAAUCAAAGAGCCAUGCAAAAAGAUAAUGUCUCUGCCACACCUGGACGGCUUCGCUACAGGAAAAGAUCAAGCGAGGUUCUCGCAGAUGUUAGCAAAGAAAAUGGAAACAAACUACUGAUUAAUGACCAGAACAAAUAUAAGUCCAUGUGGACUCGUAUUCACUCAUCUAUUUGGAUGAUUGGCGGUUUUGUUCUGAUAAUCUAUCUGGGUCACAUGUACAUUUGGGCUAUGGUGGUCAUCAUCCAAAUUUAUAUGGCAAUGGAGUUGUUCAAUCUACUUAGGAGAGCUCAUGAAGAUAGACAGCUCCCUGGAUUCAGGCUCUUGAAUUGGCACUUCUUCUUCACUGCAAUGCUGUUUGUAUAUGGCCGCAUUCUCAAUCAAAGGCUGGUUAAUACUGUCACCAUAGACAAGUAUUUGUACCAGCUUGUGAACAAUUUUAUCAAGUACCACAUGGUUACAUGCUAUUUCUUGUAUAUUGCAGGCUUCAUGUGGUUCAUCCUUACAUUGAAGAAGAAGAUGUACAAGUAUCAAUUUAGCCAAUAUGCAUGGACACACAUGAUUCUAAUUGUGGUGUUCACCCAAUCAUCAUUCACUGUAGCCAACAUUUUCGAAGGGAUUUUCUGGUUCCUGCUUCCGGCAUCCCUUAUUGUAAUCAAUGAUAUAGCUGCAUAUUUCUUUGGCUUCUUCUUUGGAAGAACUCCCUUGAUCAAGUUAUCUCCAAAAAAGACAUGGGAAGGCUUUAUUGGAGCAUCAGUUGCAACCAUCAUCUCUGCAUUUGUGCUUGCAAACAUUAUGGGCCAGUACGAGUGGUUAACAUGCCCAAGAAAGGAUUUGUCAACUGGGUGGCUUGAUUGUGAUCCUGGACCACUGUUUACGCCAGAGUAUUUCACUUUACCAAGGUGGAUUUCAGGAUGGCUUCCCUGGAAAGAGAUCUCUAUUUUGCCAGUUCAAUGGCAUGCAGUAUGCCUUGGCCUUUUUGCAUCAAUAAUAGCUCCUUUUGGAGGUUUCUUUGCUAGUGGCUUCAAAAGAGCUUUCAAGAUUAAGGAUUUUGGAGAUAGCAUUCCUGGACACGGUGGAAUAACCGAUAGAAUGGAUUGUCAGAUGGUGAUGGCAGUAUUUGCAUAUAUCUAUCAUCAGUCAUUUAUUGUGUCUCAAAGUCUAUCUGUUGAGAUGAUUAUGGACCAGAUAUUGAUGAACCUGUCUUUUGAGGAGCAACUAAGUUUAUACACAAAGCUCCGGAAGAUAGUACAAGACCGAUAAGUAUGUUUGGAAGAAGAUGAUCGAUCCUUGCUGUUUGGAUUCAUUGAUUCUUCUUCUUCUCUCUAUUGAGUGAGUACACAUUGUAAAGGUCCUUUUUUUAUGGUGAUUGAUUGAUUGUACACUACCUCUACCAGUCCCACAUCUUUCACUUUCCACCCUCCCCUAAUAUGGCCGAGGAUUUGCCAAAAACAAACCAAAUUUAUCCUUUGCUGUUAUUUAGGAGUUAGUUACUACACAUUGCUAAUAGUAUUUCCCUUGAUUUGCUAAUUAUGCUAAUUAUGAAAAGAUGUUUAAGUGUGUCUUUUUGCGAU